AUGCAAAGAUUCCGCGACUUUGCGAAAAGGAACGAUCUAGAGGUUCGGGAGGAAAACGUUCCUCUUUUUAUAGUAAGUCUACAACUCCCUAAGAUCAGCGCGGUGCAAUACACAAGAACUUUGUUGACCUUACUGGCUUCAGGGGGAUCACCGGCCAGGAUGUUUUUGGCCGGUCUUCAAAGGAAGGCGGCCGCUGACCCCAUAAAACAGGCCCGCCCCAUAGAGAGGAGGGAAUUGGAUCUCAUCAGCGAUUUGUUCUUCUCGGAAAACGAUCAGGUUGCCCUACGACCCGCCUGCGUCACAGCCAGUCGGUGGGGCGAAAUCGCUCCACUCCAAAAGGAAAAUUUUAUUCCCCAUCCUAAAAACAAGGAAGCCCUCAUUGUUGAUUAG